AUGUGUCAGAAAAGUUUUGCAAAGAGUUCCACCCUCAUUGCACAUGAGAAAAUUCACACUGGGGAGAAACCUUACCAGUGUUUGAAAUGUGGGAAAACCUUUUGUCGUUCUGCCAAACUUAGAAUUCACGAAAGAAUCCACACUGGAGAGAAACCAUAUCAGUGUUCUGUGUGCCAGAAAUGUUUCAGCGACGGCUCCAAUCUCAUUGCACAUGAGAGGAUUCACACUGGAGAGAAACCCUAUCAGUGCUCACACUGUGGGAAAAAAUUCUGUCAAAGCUCAGCCCUGAUGAAGCAUGAAAGAAUUCAUACUGGAGAAAAACCAUAUCAGUGCUUAGUGUGCUAUAAAUGUUUCAGUGACUGCUCUAAUCUUAUUGCGCAUGAGAGAAUCCACACUGGAGAGAAGCCAUAUCAAUGCCCAGUGUGCCAGAAAUGUUUCAACGAUUGCUCCAAUCUUAUUGCGCAUGAGAGAAUUCACACUGGAGAGAAACCAUAUAAAUGCAUGCAAUGUGGGAAAGAGUUCUCUCACAGUUCAACCCUUGUGAAACAUGAACGGCUUCAUACUGGAGCAAACUCACACAAGCGCUCAGGGUGUCCAAAAGAUUUCACUGGUAACUCUAACCUUACUGCGCAUCUAGAAAAGAACAAUGGAGAAAAAUCAUAUGCAAGCACUGAUUGUGGGGGAAACUUCAGCGAAGUAGGGAACAUGACAGGAGAGGAACCAUAUAACAUAGCCAAGCGGCCAGAUGACUAUGCGAGAAGGGGCUCAGUUGGAACGUGUUUCUUCUGACACUGUAUUUACACUGGUGGGAAGUCUUGUGCUGAGACUUGAGAAAAACCUUAGGUCAAAAGGCUUUGGACUCUGAUCAGCGGAGAGGUCACAUCAAGUGCUCUGACUGUGGAAAAAGCUUCUGGGAUAGCUAAACCCAUAGCAGACCUAUGGAGGAAUUGACACUGAGGAAGUGUAGAGCUGGAUAACUGAUUUUCAAGUAACUUCUCAAGUUAAGCCUUAUUCAGACGCUAUGUUGUAUCGAGGGUAGAGAUGUCUGUACACUCCUAGAUGUUUUUGUAUGAAUGACUAUCUGUGUUCAUUUCAAAAGUGAGCCUGGGUACAGGCCUCCUGAAAUGCAGAUGGGAAAUGUACUGCAGCACUUGUGUCCAACAAAAUGUGUGAAUAACUGUACCUAUGUACAUAGUAUAUUUGUUGUAUGAGCAUUGGACAUAACAUGUGAAUAGACCCUAUUCAGCCAUCAAGUUGAAUACUCGUAUAACAAGUAUACAGUGCGCACAGGUAUAGCUCUGUACGCCAGUACAGUAGUUCACAUGUUAUGUGCAAGGGUUCAACUUAAUGUCUGAGUAGGGUCUGUUCACAAGUUCAUCACUCAUACGACGAGUAUACUGUGUACACAGGUACAGAUCUCUACUCAGGUGCAGUAAUUCACAUGUUAUGUUGAACACCGGUACAGCGGUGCACUUCCUUUCUGUAUCUUGCAUUUCAGGAGGCCUGUAUCCAGGUUCACUUUUUGAAUGAGCCCAGGUGCAGUCAUUCACACAAAAACAUGUACGAGUGCACAGACAGCUCCACACUCGGACAACACAAAUAUCUUAAAAAGGGCUUAGGGUGCUACUCUGCUGGGAUCUCUGAAUGCAUGGGAGGUGGGGAGCAGAAGGCUGCACCCCAGCCACGUUCCCUGCUUCAACACAGCUGAUGGCCACGUUGCUGGGCUUCCCCCGGCUCACGUGCUUGUCUGCAGGGAGCAGUGUGGAACGUGGGGAGAGUUACUCCAAGUCAUCUAGAAGAGUUCUAAGUCAGUCCGAGGAACCCUGCAUUAAGCCAGGUCCUGUGGCCAGCAGGUAUUGGAGGCAUGAGUAGCUGAUUGGCUCUCCUCUCCCCUUUGAGGAUUCAUGGAACGUGGGAGGGGAACUUGCAAAGAGGGUGUAGAACUCCCGUCAUUCUACACAGCCUUGAAGCUUCUAAAUGCAUACAGUGGCAGAGGUUUUCGUCUGAGAAAGCCUGCUAAAGCGGGAACAUUUUGCAGAAGAGAUGCAAACAAAGACUAGAAGAAAGGUUUGGUGGGGCUAAUUGAACUAAAGCAAAGCAGGCCUGUUCAACUUCGGCCCUCCUGCAGAUCUUGGCCUACAACUCCCAUAAUCCCUGGCUAUUGACCACGGUGUCUGGGGAUUAUGGGAGUUGUAGUCCCAAAACAGCUGGGGGGCUAAAGUUGAGCGGGCCUGAACUAAAGGCUAGCUAGGAGCAGGGCCAGCCCUAGAACAAACCGUGCCCUGAGUGAGGAGUGACCUUUGGGUUCCCCGGAUUGUUAGAUUUAUCAGUGUCGUCAAGUCCUGCUGCUUGUGCAGGAUUGCAAAAUCUAGCCGUGUGAGAGGCCCUAUUGCUGACCCCACUGUCCCUGCAAUGCCCAUGAAAAAGAGCCCAGAGCUACCUCUGAGUCAUUUGCUGCGUUGCUGCCAGUGCUCUCCUUCUCCAGUUCUGGGAUCCAGCUGAACUCUCACAGGCUGUACACUCAGCACACAGUGAACCACCAAAUUCAGCUUGGCACCCUCUUCAGGUAGGCAACCAUCCAGUUCAUCCACACACAAAGGUCAGCCUUGACUAGGAGUAGACUUGUAAAAGAAUAUUAUCCGAUACAUUUAAUAGAAUGGGUAGAAUAAUUCUCUGAAAUAUGCUCUCCUAUGCUAAAUAAUGCAGGAGAAUAUUCUUUUACAAGUCUAGCUGGGAGAGAGGAGUAGAGUAGCCAGGAGUGGAAAUGUGGGCUGGAAUCCUCUGCUUACUAAGGCCAAUUCACACAUUAUCCUCUUAAUAAUGAAUUAUGGGGCCUGGUUCAUACAGUCAUUUGAAUCUAGGUUGAAUAUGGGUUAUCAAUGUUAGCAUGACUUUGUGAACCCAUGCCCAUGGUGAAAAUCUCAGAUUAAUCUUGGGUCAUAAACCAUCUUGGCCUGGGUUCACAUAAUCAUGCCAAUGUCAGUAACCCACAUUAAACCUGGAUUUGAACAAUUGUGCGAACCAGGCCUGUGUAUUGUUCUGUAUUGAUUGCCAAGAGGAGUUUGUAUACCCAUGGCUUCCUGCAUUUGCUUAUCCCUUGCUCUUUUCCUCUUCAACCAUUUGCACUGUUGCAUACCUUUCCUACACUGCCUGGUAGAAUAGCUGUCUGUGUCCUCUCUGGCAGCUGCUGCUCUUCUUUAAGCUGCUGGUGGGGUCUCUUCCUUCCCAAUAGAAUGUUUUAGAUGCUGUGGCCCGUGAAAAGGAGAGGAAUCUGCCUGUUUACAUAGGGACCUUGAUAAAGCCUAUUUGUAUUGAGGCUAAAGGGCAUAUCCAAAUUGUUUUUGAUAGCCUACUACAAAGGUUCCCAAGCCUGGGUCCCCAUAUGUUUUUGGACUACAAAUCCUAUCAUCCCCAGCUACAAUGCCUUUUGGCCAUUGCAUCUGGGGAUGAUGGGAGUUGUAGUCCUACAACAUCUGGGGAUCCGGGCGUACGACAUCAGCAAAUGCACAGCUGGCAAGGGCUUGGCAUUUGAGACAGCUGAGAUUUUCUUGCUGUUCCAAGUUACCCAGAAUGUUUUGCUCCUUGGUGUGACAUUUGGGAUCUGCUUGCUUCUAAUGGAAAGAGGGACCAAUAAAGUAAAUAAAAGUAGAAAUAUUGGGUCUGUUUUAAUUGAUCUAUUAAAUUUAUACUGUUUAGUGUUUUAUCUGCUUUAUUGUUUUGUUUUUUAAAAUUCAUACUGUUUCUGUUUCAUCUGUUUUGUUUUGCUAUUAUAAACUGAGUUAUAUAGGGAUGGGAGAUAAGUAUGUUAAAUAAGACGGUAUAAGGGCGAUGAAAUACUCAUUUCCACACGGCAAAGCUUUUUCAGUGACCUUCUUUAAUGCGCAAUAAAAGUUAAAUGUUUAAAAACAUUCAAAAGUUUAAAACUUAAAAACGAAACCACAGAUGUAACAAAAUAGCAGACGUUUCAAGGUAAGACAUCAUCCUCAGUGCUAUACAAAGGUGGCUGAGUUUUGUUCUUAAAUAUAACUCCACACCAUGAUUCAACUAAAGAACUGAAGGCAAUCAACUGAUCCUGUACAGUUCCCAAAAUCACAAAGGGGGCGGGGGUUAGGGAACACCAUGGAAGGAGGGCAAAGAACACAAAAGCAUGAUGAAGUUCAUACACUUAAUAACCAAUGAAUUUCAUUGCUUCCCUCAUUUCCUCUUUAACAUAGUUGGAUGCAACUGCUCUCUCUCUAUGGCUUCUCUGAUUUUUCGUUUCCUCAGAUCUGUCUCCAGAGCCAAGGUGAACAUCUUUGUAUUCACUACUCUGCCUUGAUGUCGUUCUUUAACUUGCACUGCCCAUGGUUUUGUUCUGUCUCUAUGCUGUAUGUCUGCCAGAUGUUCCUUAUAUCUUUUUAUCAGGGGUCGACCAGUUUUGCCAUAUUUGUUACUUUAAAUAAACAAAAAAAUAUUUUUCUUAA